GCCGAGACUGUGUGCAGUGCGGUCGGCGUGUUCUACCGCGUUGUACGUCUCUUCACUCUUCACUCGACCCUCUUCACCCUUCACCCUGCCCCGUGUUUCCCCCUUUUCUGACCCACUCCAGUCUCCAGCGGGAUCUCACAACGGGUUCUGCGACGGGCGCCACCAUGUCUCUCUUUGGUGGAUUGGAUGAUGGAGUCGUGGAGUCUAUCCCCACUUUAAUCGACGAGGACCUGGAGGAUCUUUUCGCUGGGGGAGAAGAUUUGUUCGAGCUGCUGGACGAACGCGUCCCUCCAGCCCUCGUCAUUCCUCCCGCCCCAAUGAUUGCUACUGCUCCUGUGGUGGCUCCUUCGACCCCUGUGAUCGAGAGUCGGGAACCGCCUGGCUAUACCGCACCCGUGUUCUUCCCGUUCGGCAAGCCAGAGCCAACUGCACCUCAGCUCAAACUCUCUGGUGUUUCGGCCUUCAAGAAGAUCAACAGGUCUAGGCGAAUAGUACAACGAUCAUUUUUCUCGCCGCGAAGGAAGAAUCGGAGGCUAACACCGUUUCCAAUUUGUUGGCUACAUUCUCUCGCGUGGAUGAUGACGCCCACCUGUCGCCAUAGGGACGGUGUUGUGUCCCUUAUCCUCACCAUCCAGAGCUCGGUCUGGUUCAUGUUAAACGUACCGUCUGCACUUUUGGACCCUUUCUGCUUGAUGCGUCUGUUGGUUCCCCCCCAAACGAACAAAAGCACCCACACGCUUCUACUUCGCCAAAGUGUUCUCUUUCCUCAAUGCCGCUGUAUUUCUCCACACAUAGUCGGCUACUGCAGGGGGGCGCGCUGAGUGAUAGAGAAGAGGCAGAUGCCAUCCGCGAGUUGGAGCGGGCUCUAGGUGUAUUGGGACACCAGAAACGUUUUCUCAGAGAGCACAAGGCCGGAUUGGAGAAAUGGGCCUCUGCCGUGUACGGGUUAAACCUCUCGUCAGGAGCCUUCGCUGCGGUGGGGGCUAUUCCAGCGGCCGCGGGAGACGAAGAAAGAGAAGACUCGCGAGGACCUAUGGGGGCGGGGAGAGCUCGACUGCGUGAAGUUCGCGUUAGCGUAAAGUGCAAGGGGGCCAAGCGACGGGCGGAAAAACAGCUUGUUGCGCACGUAAACCAAAAGUGGGCACCGAGCUAUGAUCACUCCAAGAAUGUGAAAAAACGGUCAUCCGGCAGACCAGAGGUCGACAAACCAACCAAACGAAGCAAACCCCCCGCCCCCAAAGCAGACCUAGCCGUCGUCGUGGGGACAAGCUCAAUAACCAGUGUUUCGGAGGGAGUUAUUGACGAACAGGUCGACAAGAAGAACGAUGGAAUAUCCGCCGUGGCCGACAGGCAGGUUUGGUUGGAAGAUUUGGACAACUUUUCCCCGACCUCCGGGAAACAGCCGCCAUCACAAGAUACAACCCAUGAAGCAGAGGACUGCCUUGGGCGAAAUCCGGUCACUUCGCUGCGCUCGUCGGAGCCAGCAGCGAAGGCAACGUUUGAUACCGGCGUUCGAGGCGACCGAGUCGAGGAUGAUGCAGAAGUCCUAAGACAGCGCCUGGUUCGCGCACUUGUUGUCCCUAGUGUGGAGGAAAGCGUUCAUACAAGCGACGUGCGACGCAAACCAGACGUUACAGCCGCUCGGAGAAAGCCAGCAAGCGCGGGUGCGCUCGAUCUCCUAGAUGUGACGCAGUUGAAUCUUGCGCAGCGGGUUCUCGUACAGCUCCAUGGUGUGGGUCUCAUCAAAAACCUUGGUCAGGCCACCUCUGGAAACCACGUAUCUGGGUCUCGAAAGCUGAUACACGCGAAUGCCUCUUAGUCCCCGGGGGGCUCCUCCGGCUUUGUCUGGGCUGCGAGCAACGUGCUUCUGACGAUCGGUGUGUCAUGUGGUGGAGACAACAAUCACCACAGAUGCCACACCAGUGUACGUUCGUUUACAACCGCUUGAAAACAACGACAGCAGUGAGCAAGUGACUGAGAGUGCUUGAGCAACGGGGCUCACGACAUCGUGGUUCACGUGCGUUGUCUCUUCGUGCAGAGGUAGAGCGUACAAGCAUGCGUUGUUUAUGCUACCAGUUUUCAGCCAAGGUGACUCGCUGUUUUUUUUCUGCUUCGCACGGACUAGACCACUCUGGCUCUCUGUUUGGUCGCUUGACUUUUGUAUUGUCCCCCAGUCUUGAAUGGGAAUAACACAUGCUGUGUUGGAGGUUAACACUACUGUCUGUGUGGCAUGUGGUACAGAACGGGCCCAGAGAUAAGGAACGUCAAAAUCGGGUCUAGUCUCAACCCCCCAUUAUUUUGAGUCGAAGGACCAGCCGAAGUCGUCCAUUUUCUUAAAACAGAUUUCUUCAUUUCUUUGGGCUGUCGCAUCCUUCUU